AUGCGUGUGCGCGCAUUUGAUGAUGCAGAUGAUGAGGAUGCUGAAGCAAGUGCGCCUAGGAUGGCACCUGCGCGCAAGCGCAAACCACCACGCCAGGGGGCCAUGUCAUCGUUUCUGCGUGAACUACAGGAGGCGCAAGCGAAGCGGGCCGAGUCGCUAUCUAUACCGAAAGCAAAGGAAACGUACAGAGAGCAUGUUUCAGGGUCUGAAGUACAGCUGGAUUCGACUAACAUAUGUGUACAGCCGCUCCCAGCAUCUGCCAUGUCAGAGCAUAGACUUGGCACGUUUUUUGCACAGUGGGGUGAUGUUGCCUGCGUGAGCCUGUCGAAAAAAGAACCCAGUGUUACUGCCUCUGCAUAUGCGCACGUCGCGUACACGAGUCGCCGAGAUGCUGAGUUAGCGCUCCAAGAGACAAAUGGCCUCGUGUGGAAUGAUGUCACACUCUCAUCAAGUUGGGCACCGCCUAUCUCGUUACCCGACGGAGAACCAGCGUAUUCAGCACGCCGAUCGCGCAAGCGAAGAGCCAGGGAGCAAGGUCACUACGCUCAUGCGCAGGGGGGGCGUGAGUGUUCCCCAGUACCUGUGCGACAUAGGCACACACAUCGGUCGACGUCGCCGGUACAUAUUUCAGCGGAAUUUCAGGAUGCCGGGUACGCAUCCAUGUACUCGACAGACUCAGAAGAGGUGUCUGAGUCCGAUCUGCAUCGCGGGAAUGGUGAGCUCCCGAUGUUGGCCGCCCGUCGACUUCAAGCCAUGCUCAAAGGCCUCACUCCCCGUCGCGAACGCAUUGCGCGAUGCAUGAAACUAGCGCUGGAUCAUGCGGACGCAGCACCAUCCGUGGCCGACAUGAUCGCUCGGUCUCUGCUGGUGCCGACGACGCCACUGCCGCGUAAACUCGCGCGCCUCUACGCCAUGUCAGAUAUUUUGUACAAUACCGCGGCGCCAGUGGCAUGUGCAUGGAAGUACCGCGAGGCAUUUCAGCCAUGGCUCGAGGCCAUCUUUUUGCACUGGGGAGCGACGAUUCGAGCAUGUCCUUUGUGCCAGACGACGGAAGAGACGAAGCAGCAGGUUCUGGCCGUGCUAACGUGCUGGGACACGUGGCUCAUAUGGCCACCGACGCUACUUAAACACCUGAGAGACGCAGUGGAGGGACCAGAGACAUUGGAUCAUAACAAGACAGAUGCAUGA